AUGGCAGCUACUAUGCCCUCGACACACCCGGGCACCCCGAGCCUCACGGUGGCCCCGACCCAGAACAGCGCACCCGUCCAUGAGUUCCGCUGCCUGUACACUCGGGACCUGCACAAGAAGGCAAAGAAAUGGCACGACGGCUCCCUGCGGUUCCACACUUUCAAUCGACGCGUCAUGGUUUACGACGACGCGAAGAAUUACAUUGGAGACCUUCAUUAUACGCAAGAGGACGAGUUUGGCGAGGGUGUCGAGAUUCAACUGGACCGGGGAGUAAAAGUCGAAGUCGGUGACAGGCUGGGUGAGACGCAGACCGAUUUGGCACCCAUUCUCGAAAGACAGCGUCCAGAGAAAACAGCGCCACAACCUAGGCAGACGGCACAUCUCUCCACCCGCCCUCAGUCAACGGGAUAUUCACAGAGGCCCAAGUCAUUGCUCGAGGUUCUGGGUCCAUCCCAGGGACGACUUGGCCGAUCAAGAUUGUCCUUACAGUCGCCAUAUGAGCAACGACAACCGGCUUCCCGACCUGACCCUGUCCCACCAGCUGCGAAGAAGCCCAAGUUAGCCGGCGUGGAAAAGAAUCUCACCAGAGGACAAGGGGAGCAGGCUACGGCUAGCCAGCCACGCCUUAGUGAGCAGUAUCGGCAAAGAGCGGCGCCGGCGGCGGCGCCAUUACCCUUGACUGAUGGCAGACGAGUCCCUGUUCAGUUCAAAGAGGUGCUCGAUAUCUCCUCUGACGAUGAGCCACGACAACCCCACGGUAGAGAUGCGGAAUCACAAUCCCGGCAAAUUGAGGCUGCAAGGAGGCCAAAGGAGAAGACUAAGCCCGUCCCUACGUCCAAAAAACCGAGUCGGAACGCAGUGGUUUCCGCAACGAAGACUCCUCGCGAAAGUAGUCUCAAUCAGCCUGGCGUCAACAGUAAGGUGGCUGCUCCCCAGCGCCAGCAGCCAACGACAGCAACAGCAGCAUCGAGGGAGCGAACUCCUCCAGCCGCUACAAGGCCCAGGCCUUCCUCAAAGGGGACUGCGCGACUAUUACUGAGCCAGCCAAAGCCCCGGUCUACAUUGACUUGUUUAAUGCCGUUUACAAGGGACGCCGGUACAGGAUGCAAUGCAAAUAAUGUGGACAGUGAAUCUGACUUCAGCUCUCUUAGACCUGCACCAAGUAGGCGCUCUAUGUCUCCUGACCAGAACGAUAACCGAGAGCAUGACCGGGACCAUGAUAGCGACAGCCUCAUUGCGACCCCAAGCUCUCAUAAGUCUGCCCGGGGCCGACGCGGACCGGACAGCCAUAUCACUUCCAGUCCCCUCUUCAUACCAGAGGAUGACACGGAGCGCCCGACGUCCCCUCCAAACCUUGCGCCUACUCAAGAAGACUUUUUCUUGCCCCCUCUCGACGCUAUUCAGUCAUCUCAAGGCAGUCAAGGACAUCGUCAAGCGCCCUGUCCGGGCUUUGAUACAGAAGAGUCAAAUGCAGACCUGGAAAGUUGUGUUGCUCAGGAGAGCAUGGCGCUGCGGAAUCAUACGAAUUCUCCAAAACACCCUAAGGACAGAUCCUUUCCUCUGCCGCCUCAUGAUUUGAUUUCCGUGCGGAACACUGAUACACAUGCAUUCCAACGAGUCUUUUCCGAGAGUGAUGCUAUAGGUGACGAGGAUUGGAGCCUGGCUCCUGAACGUUCUGGCAACGAGAUACUGCGAGGCAUUGAGGCACGCAGUCCACUCAAAGUGUUGGACAAUCUCAACGCCCGGCGAACUCCCGUCAACGCACGGAAGUCUGCCAACAUACAACGCUGGACCUCAGAUACUGCUGCGCUGGGUCCAGAGAAUGACAACGAGACGAGUCCGAAUGUACAGGAGCGUUCGAAGGGCGAGGUAGGACCAUGGACCUCGGAAGAAGCCUUUCUUCUCUUCGAUUGGUGGCCGCCUGAUAAAGAGAAACCAGAGUUCUGGGAUCAUGUGAACCUGGGGGAUACAAGUAAUACAGGGCCGCCAGAGGGUGUUCCCCAGGCAGUACAGGGGGUUGUUCGCAGCGGCAUUACCACUGCCAGACAGUUUCUUCGCGACGAGAUAAAUGUGCUAUGA